AUGCCCCGCCCGACGCCUCCCCCUGUGGGUUAUAACCUCAUUGCAAGGGUGCCUGCAAGGGCGUGCAACCUGACUGUGAGCGAGAUGGCCAGGUCGUCCAACUUCCUGGCCAUAAGGACGGAGCAAGGCUACAUCAUCAACGGGAAUUGGGCCGUAUUGCCUCCGGGCCGCUACAUGGGCGCCGGCACGGGGUUCUACUACAGGCACCCACGCCCACCGGCCGAGGGGGGGGAGGUCAUCCACGCCCCUGGGCCCCUCGCCACCGACGUCGAUGUCAUG